AGUGCUUCCGCCUUACAUGUUCAUCCUCGCAUGUACGAUUUUCAUUUUGCCCACACUGGCCAACGGACCCAUGUGGAAGACCGUCAUUGAAACAGAAGUGGAUUACUGUAGAAAGGGAUGGUGGACAAAUCUGCUAUUCAUCAACAACUAUUAUAAUCCUCAGGAUUACUGUUUACUUCAAACUUGGUAUAUCGCGGCUGAUAUGCACUUCUUCGUAGUAGGAUCUGUGAUGAUUUACUUUUGCUGGAGAUGGAGCUCACGGAAAACAACCAUCAUUGGAUUGGCUCUUUUCAUCAGCGCUUUCAUACCUUUCGUUAUUGUUGUUGUUAACCAAUACGACGGCGUCUUGAAGCAAUACUAUGAUUACUUAGCGAAGCCUCGCUCUCAUGAAGCAUUCUUACACGUCUACAUGAAAAGCCACGCUCGGGCCGGUCCAUAUGUUGUAGGAAUAGCUGGAGCAUUCAUCCUGAAUCACCUGAAGAAAAAUGGACAUAAAUUUACAAAGGUCGCAGCUUGGGCGGGCGCUCUUUCCGGGGUAGUGAUUAGUGUCUCAGCGGCGGCUUACGGCUACGUGCUCUACAACCCCAACAAACCGUACAAUGCUAUCGAAAACGGUCUCUACGCCGGAAUUCACCACCACGCAGUCGCUGCAGGCUUCAUGAUCAUCGUCAUCGUCCAAAUCAUCAGCGGUUUCG